AUGAACACAGAGGAUGAAGUUAGGAUCGAUUACAUUGAGUCAAGUCAGGCCAGGCGUAUCCAUGGUAUCGCGUAUACCGUUAGCUGCCUAGCUGGUUUACCCAGUAGACCAAGGUCAAUUACAUCGAGCCUUACCUCCGGUGGCUCGUUCACACCGAAAGAAAGACAAUUACAUCGAACGACUGUGAAGGAGAGGGGAGCGAAGUUGAGGGCUACGCUUUCAAGUAAGGCUCAGGGUAUGGGAAAACUAACCAUUGAAGCUAUUCUUGAAAAACAAGAGCAAGGGUUCGAAGUCGAAGUGACGGAAGAUAGUGAAGUUCGAAGGGGAAGGAAGACUAAACCUAGUGCCGAGCUAAAGGCGUCAGAAAGAAGCGUCAAGUCACCAAUACGAAUGACUACUUGUGAAGUACCAUGGAAUUGGGAAGAAUUCUUACGAAUUUCUGACCAUCCCCUUCUCUUGGGUCAUUGGCGGGCUUUCCCGCUUCUGUUGCUGCUACUGGGUGGGAUGAAGGCAUCUAUCUUAUUAUAUUACAGAACAUCGUUAGACGCAUGGAAGACUACGAAGAGGGAAGAUUCAAUUCAUCAUUGGCCCACUCUAUAUCCCCACGGAGCGAUAAGGAGAGUAAGUUUACUUACCCACCCGACCGACCAGACAGGAAAGGCACGAAGCGGAACUCCUGAAACAAAACAAGCAGUUCCCGUCGGACCAAACCAAAUGGAAGAGCAGCUAGCUACACCGGAACAACUUCAACGUCUAUGCGCAGGAAGCAUUUAUCUUAAUCCAAGACAUAUCGGUAAAAGAAAAGUCUAUUUCGCGUGA